AUGCCCUCCCGCCCCCUGCAGCUCCCUUCCUCCGCGGUGCGGUUACCUCUGAUCUUAACUGAAGAGAGAGAGAGAGAGAGGACGAUGACAUGA